UCACAGCCCGGCCUGGUCUGCCAAGUCCAGCAGCGCCCACCACCUAGUCCGUCCAUAGGCCCCACGCCUGGAUUGACACAAAAUGUGCCCACAGAUGCCGUCUGACUCGAACACACCAGCUGUGGACAUGCAGACUGGGGCACAGCGCAAGGACCCUGGUGGUCCCUGCCAACCCCACCACCACCACACGCCAUCACAACCACCUCCGCCCGCACGGAGCUCAGGGUCUUUCUGGGGAGCGUCCUGAUGGGGUCAGCUCCCCUCACCCACCUUGCCAGGACACAAGACGAUCAGGAACCUUCUCCGGGGCAGCAGGCACGUUCCUGCUGACCUGUGCUUAGAAAACGUCCUCCCGCACCCGUGCACCAGACACAGCCCACGUACAGCUCCGUGAUCCCAUCGCUGGGGCUGACGGGCCCUCCAGCUCCCUCCUGACCGGCGGCCCUCAGCCCACGCCGGCGUUUGCGGGUCUGCUGCCCCAGGCUGUGAAGAUGUCCGGGAGAUGGCACCUGGCCCUCCUGUCCCCUCCCAGUGCUGCCGGUCGCCACCAUCCCUGCAGCCCUCAGUGGUCCUGCGCCCACCCCUCCUUCCUGGGACUGGCCUGUGGGGCGCCCGUGCUCUGACCCUCCUGCCAAGGGCCGGGGGGGCUGCGGUUGCCCACGCCAGCGGGCACGCCUGUCUGGCGCCGGGGUUUUGGAUCGAGAAGCUGCAUGCUACCGCCGGCCGGCGGCAAUCUUACUCUGUCCCUCCAUCUCUGGACACUGGACUCGCCUCUGCAACCCCCAACCCUGUCCCCAGAGAGGGUAAGGAGGGGCCACCAUGAGCCCCUCACCCCUGGCCAGGGUCGUGUCAUGGCGGCAGCUGCGCCUGGCUUGGACGCCCCAAACAGCCUCCCUGACGGGUUGUUCCAAACGGAUCCGGAGACCAGCGUCCUCUGGAGAGAUGUGCGGCUCUGGCUGCCACGUGCCCGGCCAGGUGUCAGACCUCCCUUGGGACCCUGACCUCCAUGGGGCAUCCAUGCUGCUCUGCAGAGUCCCCAGGCAGCUGCCCCGCUGGCUGCCGGAGGGUUGGGUCUCCACAGGCCCAGGACGCCCCUCGGGGCUCCAGCUGUGUUGCAAUGUUGGGGAUGCGGGCUCAGAAGGACGGCCCGCCAAGGCCCAGUGGUUCUCGACGGCCAGAGGCUGUAUCCUUCUCGCCCACUUGGCUCCCCUCAGCAGCAGGACACCUGCAUGAGCCCCCGGUUUCUGGCAGGGGCUGGCCGUCCGGUCCGGUCUACCCCUCCCCACCCGCGGGACCCCCGGCCUCAGCCCUCCCGGGGGACACGGUCCGUUCCGGGGCCCUGGGGCUCUCUGUGGCAGUCUGGCCUCCCUCUGUUGCUUUGGUUUCUUUGGGAGGCGUCCGACGGCCGCCAAUGGAGUGUCUGGGCGCCCGCAUCCUCUCUAACGCGCCCCCUCCUGGGACCCCCUCCUGCUGGCACUCCAGCAGCAGCGCAUUUGGGAGGAGACGGGUGUUAGCGCUCAGGCUCACUUGGGGCCACUGCUGGUGCCGCUGUACAGACAAGCCGUGGAGGUGUCCCUGCAAAACAGGGAGCUCGAAGGGCUUGUUCCUGACGGCUUCAGGCGGACUCCUCUGGACACGCUGGCAAGUACAAGUCGCCGGCGGUCGGAUUGCGGAGGGGAAGGGACAGCGUGGGGAGGGAAGGAACAGAAGGUGUCGAGGCUCUGCUCCUAGUGCCUGGGCACCGGGAGCGCUCACUCCACAGACAGGCCGGAGCUGGGAGCUGGGGCGCUGCCGGGCGGAGCGUGGGGCGGUGACACGGACAACAGCUCCUCCAUCGAGGGGACCCCAGGGCAGGUGCACGCUGACUGCCACAGCCGGCCCCAGCACCCCUGGGUCCCUGCUCUGCUGCCUCCGCCCCCGCCUUCCCAAGGACCCGCCCAUGGCUCUGUGGCCCCGCCCAUGCAGGGAGCAGGUGGCAACGGUCCUUGAACGUCGGGUUGCGAAAUGGACAGAUCGAUGGAAGGGACCAGGCAACUUAAUUCAGGAGCAAAUGUUUCUGCCUCCCGCCUCCUGUGCCCGGCUGGGUCCUGGGCCAGAGCCUCUGCACCCCGGGCUGGGCUGUCCAUCCGCCUGCCCCCGCCUCGCGUGCGACUGCUGUCCGAGCUCCGGGCCAGCUCCCGACACACCCACCUGGUCCCAGUCCAUUUCCCCUCGCAGAGACUCGCCCCAGGAAGACCACAGACACUGCUUCCCUCCUGACCGUCCGGGUACUUCUCUUGCAGCAAAGCCCUCCCCCCCACCACCUAAGAACUCACUGGCCCCGUUUGUCUCUGUGCACACAUGGUCCCUGCGCCGGUGCCCGUCCCCUGACAGACGGCAGCAGAGCCCCGUCUCAGGCAUCCCCAAAAGGGUCAUGCCCCUGGCCAUCCCCCAGAGCCACCUGUGCCCCCCAGAGCCACGGGUUCCUGUCCUGCAUGUGGGAACCUGUUGGUUAAAGAAACAGCUUGCCCAGCCGAGGAAAGCAGGACUCAUAGCUGAUCAGCCCUCUCUCCAUCGGGAGCACGUAAGAACUCCCCAGAUCUCACAACCGGUGGAGAGGGGAGUAAAGACACAGGGGGUCACAGGGUAGCCCUCCGCGGGCCGGCCGAGGCGGGGAUGUGAGCCGCGCCGCGGGGACUUUACACAUUCUCGCAGCUGCAUUGAGUUACUGAUGUAUUUAACCCAACGGCACCAAAAUCGCAUCCUUUCACUGUACGGCAUUAACGAGGUCCAUGGACACCGGGCACUAACUCCCACUGCCCGACGCAGCCACUCCCUUCCAGGGCCUCAACAGCCGUGUGUGGCCGUGGCCUCGGACAUUGGACCCCCUGGACCGUCGGGCUCUGCCGGAGGUUACUCAAGUGACUCAGGCACACAACAGCCUCGGCCCCCGAGCAGGGAGACCGUACAGACCCAGAACGCACAGAUUCCAGUGAGGAGUUCCGAGCCCCGUAGACGGCCCUGGGACAGGUCCAAACACCAUCUUAUUGACCCAGAGGUUUCGCCUUCGCUUUGGGGCACAGGGUGAGGAUGCACGAGCCAUGAGGGCUCUCCUGCAGGCGGAGCAAACGUGGGGGCUCCCUGGAAAGUGACCCAGCCCCGGCCUGCUCUCCUGGGAACGCAGACGGUGCAGGCCGGCAGACGGUGGGGCCCCACAUGCCCAGCCCGGCCGGCAGCUGCACGGGGCCUCCCGCUCACCCGGGAAGGUGGAAGGUUCUGCUGGAGAGACAGCGGCACGCCCUGCCCUUACCUGGGGUUCCCUGGGCCAGGCGAGCUGGGCAGUCCCUUGAAAGCAACCGAGGGCACAGGACCUGCUGGCUUUUAUCCUGCCCUCAGCUCCUCCCCGUAGGAGCGGCGAGGAGGCGGGCUCUCCGGAGGUGUCCUUUUCACCCUUGACCUAAACCCUCUGCAACCAGGAGGCAGAAACAACCAGCAGUGUGGCCCGGGGCCACCGCCACCCACGUCCAGCUGCACCGGUCCUGGUCAGGGCUGGUGAGCGACGGGGAAACAGCCCUGGCAGAGACGGAGGUGGUGGCCCUUCUCCUCUUUAUUUCCACAGAGGCCGAAAGCCAGGACCCGACAUGCCCCCUGCCCUGAGAAACAGAAAUGCAAGUCACCACUGGUAGAGCCACCCCUGUGUGGGGGGCAGAGGGUGGCGGGAGACCCAAGGAGACGGGACAGGACGCGCCUUCUAACAAUCGGGUCAGAGGUUCUGGAAUACAGGCCCAUCUGCAACACGAUGGGAAGCGGGGGACUGCCCACCCAGAGGCCACCGUCCCUCGCUCAGUACCAACAGGGCAGACAUCCUGUCAGGCAGGCCACUGCCUCCCAAGCAGGGAAGGUCCCAGUCCCCUGUGACCGGAGCAGCAGUGUCCAGCCUGGGAGACGAAAGCCACUAGGAAGUGGCCCAGACAUGCCCUUCUCCUUCCUGCCUGGAAUGCAGAUGAAAGGGCCGGGGGGAAGCAGCCUUCCUGAGACCAGCAAGCCGUAGUCGGGGGCAGAAGCUGCAGGCAGAGGAGGAGGUCAGAGGGAGCCUGGCCCCUGCGGUCCACGGAGCUGCUGCCCGGCCUAACCCCAGGCUUGCUGGUAACGGGAGAGAACCGGCUCCUCAUAGACACGGAACCCUGCGGCACGUGUGUCCUGUGUCAGUGAAAACUGUCCUGAGCUGUGUAGCUCCCGCCCCAGUCCACAACAUAGAUGCACCCAGUCCCAAGUCCCGUCCUUGGCAGCAAGAGGAUGAGGUUCACCCUGGAACAGGUCCCAGAGGGGAGCUUCUCUCCACAGAGAGCCCAGGGCGCCGUGCCCCAUCCCGCCUCAAAGCUCUGUGCUCUCCUGGCCCCCGUCUCCUUGCGCCAGUGGAAGGCCACCAGGCUCCCUGCCGGCUUUCUCGGGAAUGCACCCCUGCAUGCUGGGAGGCCGAGCGGGGGUCCCUCCCCGAACAGGGCCCGGCUCAGAGGACCCUGAGUCCCAAGCCAUGGGCCACGGUGACAAGGGACAGGCUCCUCCAUGUACAGCCCCCGAGGGCUGCACUCACCCUCCCG